CGCCUUUUUUUCCUUUUGGUCUACCGACUUCUAUUUGUAAACGAUACGAUUCGGCUUCCCUCUCUCUGAGGAAUGGUAGCUAGAAGAGUUUUCCUAAUGAAAGCUAGAAUACGAGGGGUAGACAGAGUCCUGAAUAAACGUGAAUAAUUUUUGAGAGGGCGUUAAAGAGUGGAGGUGGUGGAGAAACUGCAUCGUCUUCUGUCGUUGCUGCUUUUUUGUUUGAGCGAGAGUCUGUCAAGAUGGAACAUCAGGCAGUCAGCAGAUAUCAGACGCUCCAUAAUGAGGAUGAUGGUGACUCUCCUGAGCCUUCUGUGAGUGGAGAGUCCUCCAGUUCAAUGCAGAACACAACCACUUCAGAAACCGUUGUCCAUCUUGACAGCAAUGUUCCACCUCCUCCCUACAGCAGUCUUGCAGCAAGUGCAUCUUCUGAAAGUGAAUUUCAGAAUAAUACCUACCCAGUGCCACCUCCAUACAGUGUUGCUACCUCAUUGCCUACUUAUGAUGAAGCUGAAAAGGCCAAAGCAGCAGCAUUGGCAGCUGCAGGAGCUGAGGCUACCCCAAGGGUACAGGAAGAAGAGUUUACACCAAGAGAUGAUUUCAGUGAUGCAGAUCAGCUGAGAGUUGGCAAUGAUGGAGUAUUUCUUUUGGCUUUUUUUAUGGCAUUUUUGUUCAACUGGAUUGGCUUUUGUCUAUCUUUUUGCCUAACCAACACUAUUGCUGGACGUUAUGGUGCAAUUUGUGGAUUUGGACUUUCAUUGAUUAAAUGGAUUCUCAUUGUUAGGUUUUCUGACUACUUUACGGGAUAUUUCAAUGGACAGUACUGGCUGUGGUGGAUUUUCCUUGUUCUUGGUCUUCUUUUGUUCUUCAGAGGAUUUGUGAACUAUCUUAAAGUUCGCAAUAUGUCUGAAAGUAUGGCAGCAUCUCACAGAACAAGAUUUUUAUUUUUGUAUUAAAGACUGCACUGACCAAACAUUCCUACCUAAUGUGAAAUACCUGGACAGUUGACAGUCUGCUUGGUUAACUGGAUACAAAAAAAUUUUGGACAUCAGCAGAGAAGAAACAUGAUCAAAAUCUUAGUUUUUAUUCUAUUAACAACAUAGCCAAAUGCUUGCAUUUUUGACUUACAGUUUGCACACUUGCUUCUCAGAAUAAUUGUGUUGUAUUUGAUGAACUGAUGAGUACAAGUACAAAAAACAAUGCCUAUGCAAACUGGAAUAUCAAAAAAACUUUUGAUUAAGCUCUACAGUAUCUUCGCAAAAUAUCAUAAGGCUCAUUGAUGUGUUUUUUUUAUUCAAACAACAUUAAUAAUGUUUAUUAUACUCAGUAUGUUAUGUUUAUUUUGUCAUCAGAAUAUAAUCAAAAUUUAUACACCAGUGAAAGGAAUGUCAGUUUUUCCAAAAUUGUAUUAUACAAUAUAAAUUAAUCUGAAUUGGGUCUGACUGAGUUUAUCAUUUUAAAACUGGAAUUUGUAUAUAACCCUUAAUAACAAAAAUGCUUUUUUGCACCCAUUUCAAAUGUGUCACUUUGUUACCAUUUUUAUGUUUCUUUCCUUAACUUUCUUCAUUAUUGUUUUUUUCUUUAUUGUGAAAGGUUAAUAUUACAUCUAAAAGCAAAUAUUUUUCAUUAAAAAAUCAAUAAGCUGCAUGAUUAAAUUAUUUGUGAUAUUUGCAGUACUUGCAGAUUUAUCACUUUCACAGGAUUAGUGAAAGCAAAUAAAAAGACAGCUUUCUCAUAAUUUUGAGAAAUAAUUUGUUAUAACAAUUUGAAUAUUUUGUGAGAAAUACUUUUAAAUAGCUACGUAAAGAAACCUGUAUGUUUACCAUUUGGAUGUCUUAAAUAAUUGCUAAUAAAAGCUUACAAUA